AGUGUUUUUCCACACAUUCUUUCAGGAAAGCCUAAGGUGUAUCAAGGUGUUCGAGUAAAGAUCACAGUGAAGGAGUUACUGCAGCAGAGAAGAGCACGACAAGCAGCAACCGGUCCAGCGGUAAGUAAAACUCUUUCGGUGUCUGCUUUGUCUCUUUUCUCUCGGUCUUUUUUUUUUUUUUUUUUUUUUUGCCAAAACUGUAAUCUCUGGGCCAAGGAGGCUGCCCAGGUCGGAGCGUGGCAGGUUGCUGAGGAUGGGGGAGAAGAACAUUUGUGCAGGGGUGACACCUGCCCUUUAUGGAGACAGAUUCUGAAUAACCUGCUGCUGUCUGGUUUACCUUCUCUCCUAGCACCUUUUGAUGCAGAACCCAUCUCUUCUGUUCCCAACUAUUGCCCAUCGUGGCAGCUUUCAAAUUGCCUCUCCUGCGAAGAAAGCCCUAGCUACCUGGAGCAGCUGGUGGAUUCCUGUCUGCAGGCAGACGCGUCCUUAGACCCAGCCUUCGGUGCUUUCCAGCCAUCCUCACACUACACGCCAGACACCUUCCAGCCGGUCCCGCUGUGCUUCAGCCAGAGCCUGACCACUGUUUCCCCCGAUAUUCUGGAGGCGGUGGUGUUUGCAGUCACUGGUGGCGUUGCUCUGCAUUAA